UGUAUUGUGGCACAGAUAGCUACAGUGUUACAGAGAAUGUGUAUCUCAACUAUCUCUGCUUCAGGACAAGUCGCAGAGCACGGACAUGAAUGUGAACAUGUGGCCAGGUCUCCCACAAGAGGCAGAGUGGGAGUCCAGCGAGGUGGGUGGAGAGGAGAGAGAAGAGGGCAGAAUGGAAGAGGGAGUGAGGGGUGGGGGAGGGGUGGAGGGUGGAUACGGAGAAGAAGGGUACGUCGAGGUUGAGGAAGAAGAAGAGUUAGGCCAAGGGCAAGGAGACGGGUGGGAGGAGCACCUUAUUCGACAGGAGGCAAGAGAGGGGGAAGGGGAGACAUGGGGCGAUGGCAACGCUAGAGAGGAAGAAGGGUUGGGGAGGUACACAAAUGAGGGAUGGGAGGAGCGAUACGUGGGAGAAGAGGGGGAGGAGCCACUGGAAAUCACGCCAGCCCCUCUUCGUCAGACAGCAGACGAACUCGGAGCCUCGCAAAACUCUCUCAACCUCACCACCCAAGAGGAAGUGGAGCCUGUUGCCGUAGAAACCGAGGACGACACGCAGCACCUCUAUGCCAAGAUACCAGAGGCCCACAAGGCCAAGAAGAGGCUGAAGAUGAUGAAACAGGCACAGAAAGAGGAGAGGAAGGCACGAAAGCAGAAGCUGAAGAUGGAGGAG